UAUUGACAAUUGUCAAAUGUUUUUUAGUCAUUUUAAGUUAUAUUUCCAUUUUAAAGCCAUAUAUUAGCAUAAUGGUUUUAUUAAAUAAAAGCUGUAGUGGUUGUCUUGUCAAAAGUAACGCUCAAUAAACUGACUAACAAAGAUGUAUAGUCACAAAAUUCAGUAAGAUUUCAUAAAAAAUAUUGUAGCUUUUACAUUUUAACUUGAGUAAGCUCAUAGGCACAGAGUGAUUCAACUGUUAAAAUCAAAUUUUAAUAUAGAUACAGGCAGACAAGAGCCUCAAAAUAUUACAAUAAAACAAAACUAUUGAAAAGCUAGAGUAAUGAAAAUGUGAAAAUGUCUCCCUGUUGUGUUCCCGUUUCUAAAGGCAAACACCUGUGGAAAGGUGGAGAGAGGGAGGUAAACAGAGCUGCAGGUGUGUCCUCGCCAUAUUUAUCCAUCACUGUGACGUCACUGGUUUCUGCUGAGCAGCCAAACGGUCUCGCGGCCGUCUUCCCCCUCACCAUGACAACUACAGAUUUCUAGCAUCGUCAGAGGACAAACGGUUCGCUGCUCCGCUCGUGAUUUGGAGACGAUUACUCUGUAAAAUACCGUGUUUUAAGUGAGUAUUACGGGGAUAUAGUUCAUGUAGGAAGGCCGUUUUUUCUCCCUGUGUGGUUGCGUCGGAGGCCAGCCGGAGGCAGAAGAGGGGAGACGCCGUUUAACAGAACAACAUGGCUCUCUUUCAGCAUCCCCGGCUGCUGCUGCUCGCUUGUGUCGUGCUGCUGAACGCAGUCCGACGUAUCGACACCCGAUCCUUGCCCAUAUCGGAUCUGAAAUCCAAAAUAUCGGGCGUAGAGGAGCUCUUGGAGGAAUUCCGCAAGCAGCUCCAGCAGGACCAGACGUACCGGGCGGGCGAUGCGCUGGACUCGUGCGUGGGCGACUUCAACGCCGUCGGGGAGCGCAUCAUCCGGACCAAGGCCUCCAUCGAGCAAGGGGCCACCUUCCUGUUGGCCCCGGACCGGGUGUACACCUGGAGGGACUGUCUGCACGCCUGCUGCUCCCAGCCACACUGCACCGUGGCGGUGGUGCAGCAGGACCUGAGGCAGCCCGGGGACAGCCUCAGCUGCUACCUGUUCAACUGCACCUACAGGAGCAAAAAUGUCUGCAGCUUCGCCCCGCAGCAGGGCUUCACCGCGUACAGCCGGACAGCCAACACCACGCAGGGACAACUCCCUGUUUCAUCCAGCGGGGCAGCCAGGGGGCCCGGGGCAGGACAUGAGGACGAUACACAAGAUGUGGAUGAGCCUCCUCGCAGCGACGCCGGACAGGAUGUGGUGAUCCAGCUGCCCACAGACUGGGCCGUCCUGGAUGGACGGGACAGCGUGGACGACCAUGGCAUCGACCACUAUGAAUGGACCCUCGUCAAGGGGGACACGGCCAUCAAUAUGAAGGCGACUCAUCCAGGGCUGCUGAAGAUCAGCGGACUCCAGAAGGGAGUCUACUCCUUCCAGAUGACCGUCACUGACACAGUGGGCCAGAAAAGCUCCGACAACGUCUCUGUUACUGUGCUGGCACCAAAACACCAAGCAGAAGUUUGUACAGGUCUCUGUUCAAAGUACCAGUUCAAGUGUGAUGACGGCUGCUGUAUUGACAUCACGUACGCUUGUGAUGGGAAGCAACACUGUCCAGACCGCUCCGAUGAAAUCUUCUGCCCAAUCUUUGACAGCAACAGGAAGUCAGUGACCCACCCUGCCGAUCUGCCUCAGCCAGAGGAGGCAGAGGAUGGCUCCAUGCUCCAGACUGGGCCCAGAAAGAGCAUUGAGAACAUCAUACCACCUCAGGACAGGAGCAACGCCGCUCUUCCACAAAGUCCCAGUCAACAGGAGGCUUCAGCCAGUCAAGAUCCAUGUGCUGCGUCUCCGGUUGUGGGACCCUGUAAAGGCACCUUCCCGCGCUGGUACUAUGACCAAAAUGCGGGAGAAUGCAAACACUUCCUGUAUGGCGGUUGCCAGGGCAACCAUAACAACUUCCUCCAGGAAACUGACUGUGUCAGUGAAUGUAUACAAAAGAGUCCAGCUUUCAAACCAGCAACUGUGGCUCCUCCAAUCACCAAACAGACUGAGAUAGCUGCCCCAAAAGUAUCCCAGAGCCAGGCAGAGAGCAGCGUCCCCGUCUCCAAACCGUUUCCCGUGAUAGGAGGGCAUCCAGUACCAGAAUCAGGUGCAAUCCUUCCUCUGGCUCUCGGCAUAAUCAUCACCGCUCUGCUGCUGCUCAUGAUCGGCUGUCGUCUCAGACUCGUUGGACACAAGCUGAAGAAAGCUCGACCCCUCACCACAGAGGAGUCCGAUUACCUCAUCAACGGCAUGUACCUGUAGCCAAUCAGCCGGGAUCUGAGAAAGAGAAACACGGCCGUCGUCGCAACACAGCCUGAGCCGGAACGUUUUGAAUUUGCACGCUGUGUUUCUUGCAGCCCGGUGUCUGUAAUUUGUCCUCAUGUCAGGUUGGAAACACCCCAACACGUUGCUGUCAUGAACGUUUGUGAACAUCGCCACACCGAACCCCUCUGACUGCUAAAACCGCUGCAGAUGCUGCCUUUAAAGCCAUUGACACACAUUUAGACGCUUGUUAAUUCACAUUUAUGUUGUGUGAUUUUGAAUCCACGAUGGAUGAAUCGACAUUUGAUAAUGAAAUACUGCUGUCUGCAUUGCCCCAAUGACUUCUGGGAUACAUACAGUACAAGAGGCUAUUUUGUGCCCUUGAUUGAAAUUCCUAAAACGCAGGUUACUUUGAUAUUAAACAUUAUUUGCACAAAAAUAUGCUGUAUUUUUUGCCACUGGGUGGCACUAAUGUGGCAUGCCUGUGCUACACAUGUUACUUGAGUUAACUGGCCUGAAGGGCAGAAACACAUUGGAGUGCCUGUUAUAGUGCACUUUUUUUGACUGAUUAGGAAUCAGCAACAAAUUAUUCUUUAAGUUCCUCAGAAUCAUACAAAGCCAUAGUACAUUAUAUUGGUCAAAUUCUGUCUAAAUUUUGUCGCAUAUUUUUUGUUAUUAACCAAACUUAUGUGGAGUAUCUACUAUAUUUGCGCACAUGUAUUCCCUCAAAGUGCUGUAUUUCAUGUGAGAUAUUAAAGUGUGAUAAAAAUAAAACACUGGUGCGAUCUGUUGACUGAGUAAUUUACAACAAUGCAACACUUUAUCUUUUCCCACAUGUUUAGCACAUAAUUAAAUUACCAUUGAAGCCUUUAUUAGCUGUUUGUAUAGUUUACAGAUUGAGGGGUUUACAAUUACACACAAACUAUAUGUAGUGUUUAUUCCAAGACGAGACAUAUUAGUGUAAAAAUGGUGCAAUUAGGCUGUCAUAUAUGGGAAAAAUUUAAAAAAAAAAAAUUAAAUGUAGAAAUCAUUUAAGAUCAGCAGAGCAUCCAUUACCCUUGAUAAAUAAAGGUUAGAUAAAUAAUUAAAAUACACAAACUAUUUUUGGUGGCUGGUCAUAAAUGUCUUUGGGGGGGUGUGGUUGUGGCUAAACAAUCGGGACUCCCGACCUCAGUAUUUCUAACAUACUUUAUACAGAUUACUAUGACCUUAUAACUAAAUAUAUAAUCAAACACUAUGUUGCAUCCUGCACACAAAG